AAAGGUUUCUGGAAAAAGGAAAAAAAAAAAGCUGCAGUUUAUCAAUUUGAACGUGAAAGUAUUUACUGUUUAGGCUCCUCUGAGAAAUUGGGGAUUACCGAAUUUAGGGUUUUUCCAUUAAUCCGAACAUUGUACAAGUCAAUCAAUCUUCAGUGAAAUGAUUAUGAGCAAUUUAAUCGAUUCACAGUAACAGAUUCCUGUUUAAAUAAUGGCCGUCAUGGAAGAAAAUCAGCAGAAGGAGGUGGAGAGAGAAAUCGAUGAAAAAACAAUCAACCCCGACGACAGUACAAUGGCGACGAUGAGUCGGAAGGAGAAGAGGAAAGCGAUGAAGAAGAUGAAAAGGAAGCAAGUGAGGAAGGAAAUUGCGGUGAAGGAGCGGGAAGAGGAGGAAGCUCGAUUGAACGAUCCUGAAGAGAAGAUGAGAUUGCUGCGGUUAGAGCAAGAGGAGGCUGAGAGAAUGGAGAGGGAGCGGCUCGAGUUUGAGGAGAGAGAAAGGCAGUUUCUGCAAGCAUUGGAGAUGGAGAAGAAGAGACGGGAGGAAGAAGAGGAGGAACAGCGCAAACUCGAAGAAGAAGAAUCUCAGAGAAAGCUGGUUAACAAUGAGAAUGCUAAUGACGCGGAUGAAGAUGAUGAUUGGGAAUAUAUAGAAGAUGGACCAGCGGAAAUAAUAUGGAAAGGAAACGAGAUAAUCGUUAAGAAGAAAAAAGUCAGAGUGCCCAAGAAAGCUCCUGAUAUUCUUAAAGAAAAACAGGAAAGCGAAAGACCAAUAUCGAACCCUCUUGCUCCUCAAUCUGAAGUCUUUGAAGAUUAUAAGAGUGCACAAGAUGCUCUAGAAAGUGUUGCACAACAAGUUCCUAACUUUGGAACUGAGCAGGAUAAAGCACAUUGCCCUUUCCAUCUUAAAACUGGGGUUUGUCGCUUUGGAGCACGGUGUAGCAGAGUUCAUUUCUACCCAGAUAAAUCUUGUACGAUACUCAUUAAGAAUAUGUACAAUGGUCCUGGCCUUGCUUGGGAGCAGGAUGAAGGGCUUGAGCAUACGGAAGAAGAGGUGGAACGGAGUUUUGUAGACUUCUAUGAGGACGUUCAUACAGAAUUUUUGAAGUUUGGGGAACUUGUGAACUUCAAGGUGUGCAAAAAUGGUUCUUCCCAUUUGCGGGGUAAUGUAUAUGUGCAUUAUAAGUCAUUGGAAUCAGCUAUGCUUGCAUACCAAUCUACUAAUGCUCGGUAUUUUGCUGGGAAGCUGUUGACCUGUGAAUUUAUUAAUAUAACGAGAUGGAGGGUUGCUAUUUGUGGGGAAUAUAUGAAGUCAAGGCUCAAGACAUGUUCUCGGGGAUCAGCUUGCAACUUUAUCCAUUGUUUCCGAAAUCCCGGUGGAGAUUAUGAAUGGGCUGACUGGGAUAAACCAGCUCCUAGGUAUUGGCUGAAAGAUAUGGCUGCUUUAUUUGGAUACACUGGAGACAGUUACACAGAUGAAGUUAGUCCGAGGUACCAUUCAAGGAGAUCAAGGUCUAGGAGCCCUCAUAGAAGAAGUUUUUCUGAUGAGGAUGAUGGUCACAGGAGAAGUCGUGGGAGGCGCAGUCCGCACAGAGAAAAAAGAAUCUCUCAAGAUUACCAUUGCUCCAAGCACAGAGAAACUGACAAUGCUAAAGUUGAUGGGGCAAAGAGGAGCUCAAGGAAGAGGGAAAGGGAACGAGAGUCAAGUAGACAAGAUAGCAAGAGUAGAAAAGUUGAAGCUGUUUCUGCCACAGUUGAGUCUGCAGAGGGAUGUGCAAGUGACAAAUACCUUGAACACAAAAGUAGAAGUAGGCGGAAGAGUGCUGUAGAGUCGGUUCAUGAAUGUCACCAUGAGAAAGUUGACAAAUAUGACCAGGAAAAGAGUUUUUAUGCAGACAAGUAUCAUGAUAAAUUUAAUAGACAUAAAGAUAAAUGUGUCGUACAGAAAGAGGCAGAUUCCUUAAAUUUUGAAUCUCAUGGUGACAGUCAGGACAGUGACGAAGAUGGACACCACAGUCGUAGUAAGAAAGACAUGAGAAGGAUGAAAGAUGAUGCAGACUCAUCCGGCAGUGCUUCUGAUGAAAGCAGGCUUGUCAAAGUCGAGAAGAGACAGCAAAAGAAAAGAGGGAAAAGUUCAAGGUUGAAGAACAAGACACGUGUUGCUGAUAUUGGGUGUGAUAGAGACAGUCGAGAGACUUAUGAAGAUAGACAACAUAGACACCAUGACAAAAGCCCGAGAAAGAUGAAAAAUAUAUCAGAAAGUGCUGAUGGUAGAGAUAGGCUAGGCAAGGAUGAUAAGAGGCCUCAAAAGAAAGUAAGAAAAUGUUCAAUGCUAAUGAAUCAGUCAGGCUUCACAGACACGGAAAGUGAUAUGGAUGAAGAUAGACACCAUAGACAUAGUAAACAACACUCAAAAAACGUGGGAAAUGAUGUAGCAUCAGACGAUGCUUUGGAUGGAGAUAGGCUUGGUCGGUCUGAGAAAAGUUCCCGAAAGAGUAGGAGUUCUAGGUCGAAGAAAGAGUCAGACCUUACAGAUAAAAAGACCAAUAGAGAGAGGAUUGAUGAGGAAGAGAGACAUUGUGGAGAUAGAAGUGCCAAGCACCAUAUCAAGGAGCCAAGCUUGUCAAAAGCUGAUUCUAAGACACACAGGCGCUCGGGCAAAGCCGAUGUUGGAACUUUUGUAACCGAUGACAGGUGCAGAAGUUCUCGAGCUUACCUGGCCCCAAAUCAUCAUGCUGAGCAGGAAAAUACAGGUGAUAGAUACCGUGGGACUUGUGAUCAAACAGCUAAAUUGGUUUUAAGUAGAUUUAACGAUGGUGACAAGCGUCAUGAUUCAAGUUAUAGGGAUUCGACAUCUGUAAGAGACCACAAAAGGUGUGAUGAAGAAGAUACUGCAUCUGGAAAGUUGGAGACCAGUUCUGUGCAUGUGCAUACCAACUGUGAGGGCAUUGGUGAUGAGGCAGAGGCUGAGCUUGAAAAGGCUUGUCGUUAUGCUGCUUUGAAGAAGUUGGAAGAGAUCAGAAUGCAUAAAGAUAUUCAGGCUGCCAAUAGUAGGGAGCCUAUUGCAAGUUUGAAGAAUUGCACCCAAGAAAAUAUAUUCAUUGGAGUCCUGGAGAAAGCUGAUUCGAGUAAAGUGGAUAUAAGUGAUGCUUCUAUAAAGAGGAGAAGAAUUUAAUUAUCAACAAGGUCAGUAAUGUUGUUUCAACAGGUCAGUGAUGUUCAAAUAUUUAAUUUGUGAUCAUGUUUUUUCAAGCAAUAUCGUAACCCUUCUACGCAAUGAUGUAAAUAGUUCAAGGUUUCUUAUUGCCAUCAGAUCAGAUGCUUCUCUCAAUGACCUUGUAUCUUGCAGAAACAAUGUAUCAGCGUUUUUCGGAUGUAUCAACCUAUGUUUUUAUAUGAAGAUGGUUGUGUGAAGUGUUCA